AGUUUGUCGAGCGUGCGUUCACUCAAGAGCUAGAAGUUCUGCGGGAAGCACUUACGCCAUUGUCAGAAACUUCUUUUUUCAGUGAAGCUGUUGUGAAAUACCUAUCUGAACUUACUGCAUCGGAAUCAUUCACAGAAUUCAAGGUUGCCGUUGAGGUGAAGUUUCCAUACAGAGAUGAAAAAGAAAAUUAUAAUUACAUUGAGAACCCGGAUAUCGAUUUAAUAUGGAUGUACGGUAGGGUACUUUGGCGCCAGUUUGAGAUCACAUCACUUUUCAAGAAUAUUCCAGAACGCCAAUGGACAAUUAUGGUUGUGGAGAAGCAUUUUGCAACGGCAUUGGCUAGUAUACCAGAGUGUUUUUGGGAACCAAAUGAAAAAAGAAUUUGGCAAACUCUUGAGGCAAAACCGUAUAAAAAAUAUGCUGACGGAAUCUUUAAAUGUGAAGCAACAAGAAUGGUUUUGUUCAUCCUAGAGGUCAGCGGAGGGCCGGGAGGCGCACCUGGAUCAAAACUACGAGGUGAUCGUGAAAAAUUUAUGAAAUAUUUUACAUAUUUGUUUGACAAGAUGUUGGCCCUGUUUCGGUGGACGAUUGCGAUGGGGUUUCCUUGUGGGCAGGACAAGUUUACUGUUAGUAUUUGUAAUGCAUUUAUUUAG